UGGCUCGAAACUAAUUUGGUAUUCUGGUUAUGUUAGCAAGGUCUUUCAUGGAAUCUUCUUUGCAUCAACUCUAUACGAAUUUCUAGUGUUACCAUUGAACGGCUUGAUUUUAAAAUUAUUCGAUCGCUGAUUAUAUACUUAACUCUGGAUUAAAGAUAUUUUUUUUAAUAAUCAUGGUGGAGGAAAUUCAAAAAAAGCUUCAGAACGAAGCCGAUGUUCUAAGGCAAAUCCAAAAAGAAUACAACAAGACGUUGAGUCAGCGGCAACAGCUAGACGGACAAUUGAAUGAAAAUAUCAUGGUGAAAAAGGAGUUGGAUCUUUUGAAAGAGGAAAACGAUGUGUUCAAGUUGAUAGGACCCGUGCUCGUGAAGCAAGAUUUAUGCGAGGCCAAGCAGAAUGUCGACAAGCGCAUGGAUUACAUCAAAUCCGAAUUGAAAACGAAUUUCAGAAAACGUGUGGAUGACCUGAUGUCAACUCUCGACAAGAAGCUAGACUCGCAGAGGGAUGUGAUAGAGAAGCUGCAGCAGGCAUUUCAGCAGGCCCAAAUUAAGGCAUCAAUAAACCAACCGAAAUUAUAAUAUUGUAUAGAUUUUGUGGCAUUAUCACAGUUAUAAAAUCAAACUGUGUUCCGAUAUUCACUAUCAGAAUUAGGAAUCCAUAGUACAGAUGUGUAACUUAUUAUAGAUUUUUAGUGUUGACAGUGAACAUUGGCAUACAGUCUCUAAUAUCUAAUAACACUUAAGUAAUAUUGUUACAUAUAGUCUUAUCAUUUGAUACAUGUAUCUUGCUUGUUUCAUUUAUUUAUACCAUAAAUAAUGUUAAUAUAAUUCACACUAUGUGUGUUACAAUAAUUUAAGUACAAUUUAUAUGAAUUAUUUUAAUAUUAUAAUAAAUGCAAUAAAAUUA